CGUCAUCUCAAUUGUGACUGCAACUCUCCCACCUCUUCGAAAGAAGAGCUUCCUCGGGUCAAAGAAAGGGGAUGAUGGCGAGCCUCUCCUUACACUGGCCAUGCUGACUACCAAAUGCUUGCGCCACCCGUUUCGCGCAAGAAUUCCUUCUUCUCCACGCUACCGCUGCUCAAUUACUUUUUCUGUUCAAAGGAACUUUAUUAGUGAUGCAGCUGCAGGACAUGAUGGGAAUGGACCAGCCCCUACCGUGGCCAUCAUUGGCUCCGGGCCAGCAGGCUUCUACACGGCCCAAAAGCUAUUGCGGGAAAUUCGAGGGACAAGGAUAGACAUGUACGAACAGCUUCCGGUACCUUUUGGGCUCGUCAGGUUCGGAGUCGCUCCAGAUCAUCCAGAGGUAAAGAAUGUCCAAGACACCUUCCAAGCUAUAGCCGCGUCCUCCGACUUCACCUUCAUUGGAAACGUCAAUCUAGGCCACGAUCUCCCGCUCCCGCUCCUCGCCAGACAUUACGACGCAAUAGUCUUCGCUUACGGCGCCUCGAAAGAUCGCAAAAUCGGCCUCGAGGGAGAGGACAAGCCUCACAUAUACUCCGCUCGCGCUUUUGUAGGGUGGUACAACGGUCUUCCCGAAUAUCGAGAUCUUGACCCUGACUUGACAGCCGGGGACACCGCGGUGGUUGUUGGGCAAGGAAAUGUGGCGUUGGACGUGGCUAGGACGCUUCUGAGCAGGCCUGACGCGCUGAGAAAGACCGAUAUCACAGAAUACGCAUUGGAUGCGCUCUCCGACAGCAAGAUCAAGCAUGUCCAUGUGGUGGGUCGGCGAGGCCCCAUGCAGGCCGCAUUCACAAUCAAGGAAGUGCGGGAGCUUCUGCACCUGGAAGAUGUCAAUUUCCGCGCUAUACCGGACCAUCUUUUCCCGCCCGACCUGUCCAAGCUGCCCCGCCCGAAAAGACGGCUGAUGGAACUUCUGAAGAAGGGCAGUCCGCUGAAGGAAAGCGCCACGAAAUCCUGGUCUCUGGAUUUUCUGCUCGCGCCAAACUCGCUGAAAUGGUCCCAUUCCAACCCAGACAAACUGGAGGGAGUCGUGUUCUCGAAGACGGACCUCGAGAACCCAGCUGACCCGGAAUCCAAGGUCAGCACUACGGAAGAGACGCAGCUGAUUCCCACAUCGACGCUAUUCCGCUCGAUAGGAUACAAGGCUGAAGCCAUCCCCGGGAUGGCAGAAUUGGGUGUCGAAUUCGACGAGCGAAAAGGAACGAUUCGGCAUGACGGAUCGGGGCGAGUCGUGCCUCUAGCGAGCAGCGAGGCCUUGGGGGGGCACGAAACGAGCAUCUACUGCUCUGGCUGGGUGAAGCGCGGCCCGACAGGUGUGAUCGCCAGCACCAUGACCGACGCGUUCCAAACCGCCGAAGCAAUCGUGGCGGACUGGAGGAAGAAGGCUCAAACCCUGUCGUGGUCCGCGGGCAGUCGAGAUGGUUGGGAUGGCGUCCAGGCCGACGCCGCCACGUCCGGCUUGCCGCUCAGACCAGUCCACUGGGACAGCUGGCAGAGGAUCGACCAGGUGGAGAAGAAGGUCGGGAAGCAAAGAGGGAAGCCGCGAGAGAAGUUUGGGAGCGUCAAAGAGAUGUUGGACGUGAGCGGCAAGUGAUCCAGCGACUGACGAUAAAGGUCGACUGGGACACUUAGCCAUGCAAAAGCGUUUCUUCUCCUCUCCCUCUCCUCUCCUCGCCUCUCCUCGCCUGGCCUGGCCUCGCUGUAAGACAACAGAAAAGAAUCUUCAAGCUCUGCUUGGAUGCCAAACCUGUCACUGCUACAAAGUCUUUAUAUCUAUUGAACCACAUAUAUGCACACCACGCUACUCAUGAUUCUAUGUAUCACCACUUCACCACACCCUUCCGACCGACCGACUUGCUUACUUACUGACUUGCCUCCGACUACCUUCGCGAAUAAGAACCAAAAUAUAAAGAUCCGCUGCCCUCCCGGACCAUUGUCGAGAUCAAUAUCCAGACCGUCUAUCCUUCUGCGUCAGGCACGCAGCGGUGCUGGAAAAUGAUAGACCGACAAGAGAAAAUCAACCGAGUCAAGCCUAUCCCGGUGGUGAACGUCGUUUGGGAUGACCGUCAAAAUCGACAGGAGCGAGUGAGAAUCAAUGGAGAGAAUCAGUCGCGGAGUUUUCACAAAUUGCCUACAUUCAUAGACGUCUGCAACCCCCUUCGCAGAGACUAUGUCGGUUAGACUUCGCCAAAGGAACGGAAACAGUGCCUCGAAUGAAGGAAGAGCCACUGGGAUCGAAUAAGAUCUCGCCUCAGGAACAGAAUUGUCUCCUUGUCGUUCGAUAUGGACAUAUACGAAGUAUUCGGGUUCAUUCCCCUGAAGUAUAAGACCUUGCUGCUACCAAUUUAGAGCUCGAGUGAGUGCCAUCCAGCCUCAGCUCUUUCCGCGUCCAGUAUGCCCUGCACAUCCAUUUUUUUCGUCACAUCGUCAUUCAGGUACUUCAGACCCUCCAUAGCCCUCCCCUUAC